AUGGGCAACUCCGCGGAUAACCAACUCCAACUCCACUCCAACUCCGUAUAUUUUAAAAAAUCCAACUCCAACUCUGCUCCAACUCCAGCUCAAUUAUUUGAACUCCACUCCAACUCCAAUAUCAGAUUGAAAAAUCCAACUCCACUCCAACUCUAUACUAGAUUGAAUAAUCCAACUCCAACUCUGAGCGAAAAAGCAUCAACUUCGGAAUUAACUCCAACUCCAGUUUAA